ACUGUCCCACAAGCCCACCUCUGGUGAAAAGAAAACUCUGUUGGUUUUAAGUGCGUGAUCUUAAUCCUCAGACAUGCCGCACAGAAAGAGAUGCCACGGUCGUAAGAAAAACAUCAAGGAGAAUAGUGAGCCCUCUGCACAAAAACAAGCCUGUGUCCCUCAGACCUCAAGGUUUUGGUCUCAGCAGGUCACACCCACCCCAAAAGCACAGGUUUCCACAGCUAAACCUGCACAAUAUGAGAAAGGACCUAUGCAAUCCUCCGCGGCAUCUGUGGCUGUCAAACCCGGCACCACCUCUGCAACCCAAGCAGCUCCAUCAUUAACAUCUACUGCAGGAGCUGCUGGCGGUGGAGGGGCUGCUAGUACUGCAGCCAAUCAGAAAGGACCUUCUCAAUUAACGCAACUGACCACAGUCUCUAAACCAACACCUCCCUCGCCUGCCAAAGUCCCAGAUGUGAUCUCUGGAACUGGAUCUGGCUUAACAGGUGGAGGGGUUGUGAAGCCCCCCGCAGACACAGUGAAGCCCAAAGACCCUGCACAAGAAAAGGCCCAGAAUACAACCGUUCCUUCAACCAAACCGGGACCUGCUAAGGUGGAUGCGGCUUUCGGAAAACCCUCAGCCACAACUGGUUUACCUGGAAGUGGUGGCCAAAAGUCGAUAAGCGCCCAAAAGGUACAAGUGGAAGUUGGCCCACCCGCAGCUAAAUUCAGUACUGAGGCUGGAGAUCCAUUUGAUGCCUUGGCAGGCACUUUACCAUCAUCAAAACCUGUGGCUCCUAAAGUUCCUGAAUACUCUGGACCAGAAGUCAAAGAGUCUAGUGUAAAGCCAGAGAAGGGUAUUUUGUGUGGUGAGAGAGAUGACACACUGCCGCCAGGAUACAGACGUGAAGACAUGGAAAAGAAAACACCUGCUGGAGUUCCUGACAAGCCUAAAGACUUUCCCAAGCCUAUAAGCACAGAUGAGGCGCUGGACUCCCUCUCGGCCGGGUUCUUAUCUUCAGCUCCAAGUGCUCCUAAACAGAUGAUGAAAACUGAAACUGUUGGAGCAGUAGAUGCCCGCUCAAACUUUGCUCCUCCUCCACGCUCUCAGCAGAAACAACAGGCGACGUCUCAACCUGCUAAUGUAACCAAAUCCCCCGCUCCACCAGCUGACAAGAAAGCCAAGAUAGAGAAGCUGGACAGUUCCAUGCCGAUGGAUGCGCUAAGCGCUUUGGGAGACACACUGGGUGCUCCAGAAGCACCAAAGAAACUACCUGAACUCAAACCUGGAGACAUAGUUGAUGAAAAGAAAACGACAUCAGAGAAGGGUGUGCGUGUUGGGGAGAGAGAGGACACACUCCCACCAGGCUACAGAUUCUCAGAGGAAGAGCUCCAAAAAUGUCCCCCUCCUCCAAAAGAGUCCUCUAUGGACACAGAUGAUGCCCUGGACAUUCUCUCUGGAGGUUUUACAGCUCCUGUUGCAGCACCUGUUGUCAAGGCCCCCGUUCCUCCUCAACAGGAAAAGGCGAAACCUGCUGGAGUUCCUGAGAAGUCUAAAGAUGUUCCCAAGCCAAAAUUUGAGGAAUUAUCAGCAAUAGAUGCUCUAGCAGGUGACUUUGUGGCUCCCGCACAGACUGCUCAUAAGGUUUCUUCUGCUGUUCCUAAAAUUGUACCUCCAGGCCCCAAGCAAAACCCAGAGACAGAUGAGGAUGCUCUCAGCGCUUUGGGCGACACACUGGGUGCACCAGAACCACCCAAAAAAUUACCUGAACUGAAACCUGGGGAUAUUGUUCAUGAGAAGGAUGUGACAUCAGAGAAGGGUGUGCGUGUUGGGGAGAGAGAGGACACACUCCCACCAGAUUACAGAUUCUCAGAGGAAGACCUCAAAAAACAUCCUCCUCCUAAAAAAGAGCAUUCCUUAGACACUACUGAAGCUCUGGACAUUCUGUCUGGCGAUUUUAAGGAUGCCCCUGCACCGUCUGCUUCCAAGACCCCUCCUUCAGCAUGUAUUGCUUUAGAAGCUCUUUCAGAUGAUUUUGUCACUCUAUCUUCUGCAUCUAAAGUUCAGUCUGCUGUGUCUGGCCCCCCACACGCUGACAGACAGUUGUCAGAAGGUACAUCGUCAGCUUUGGAUGCUCUCUCAGACACUCUUGCAGACAUAAAACCCUCCCCCGUGCCAGCCCCAGUCUCACCCAAAGCCGUUGUCAAGGAAAAGGACAUAGUGGAGGAGAGGGUGAGUAAACCGGGUGAGAGAGAUGACACCCUUCCACCAGAUCAUCGGUUCACAGAAGCAGACCGCAAGGCAUUUGAAAAUGCGAAGAAGAAAGCAGAAAAAGAUGUCAAACCAAAGCAGAAAUCAAUGGAUGAUGCAACGGCUCUUGACCUUCUGUCCAGUGAUUUCACUGAAGUACCCACCGUGAAGCCAUCUGCACCCGAAGCCCACCACUUUACCCCAGAGCCAAUCCACCCAACCCACACGGCACCAGGUCUAGCUUUGGACCAGCUGGCAGAAAAACUGAUUCCAAACUUGUCAGAUUCCAAACCCAAAGACAGCAAACCAAAGGGAAAAGUGGGUAAGCCAAAGUCUAAAUCAAAGAAACAUUCAACCGAAGACUCCUCAGCUGUAGAGCAGCUGUCCGGUCAGCUGAGCUCAGAUGUGGUGCCUUCAUCUUCCGCAAAGGGUGGAAAAAGAUAGAUUGCCCACUUUCAUGGUGGAUUACAUCUCAUCCUAACGCAAGAAAGUGUCAAUAAAGGGAGCUGCUCGGACAAGAAAUAUAUUUUAUGGUGAAUACGGAAUGAAAAAAAUGAUUGAACUGCAGAGACACAAAGCCAAAGCAAAAAAAUAAAUCUAAAUGUAAUGAUCUUUUAUCUCCUUGUGACUGAUAAAACUGACUGAUGUUGGUUAGGUCAAGAGCAAAUAUUGUUCUUUCAGCUCAUAGUAAUCUCUUUCAGGUGUGGCAUUGCAAUUAUAAUUAUUCCCAUUUACUACUUUUUUCUUUCGUUUUGUCAAAAGUCUCAUUCUGUUCGUAGAGAGCUUUCUAUUGUUGUUUGGAAAAUUAUAUAGACACUAGUGUACAGAGAUUAUAUUAUGAAUUCAUUCACAGUUUAUAGUACAGAGGAUAUAGAAGAUGACCUUGAUAAUGAUGCCUUUUGAAUGCUGUUGUAUAUCUGUAUGACAUUACUUCAAAAAAAGUUUUGUGUGGAGUUGUUUUUCUUUGUGCAUUAUUUCAAAAAGGUUAGCGUUGUUUCCUGAAGUGCACUUACAGGGAUUCACUCCAACUCUCUGUAAAAGAUUGGAUACAAAACAAAAAAAGAGAGAGAGGAAAAAGAGCUUUACAAACACUAAAUGCCCCAUGUGCCUGUCAAAAUCACAAAACACCUUGGAAAAUAGAAAACGUGAAUCUAAUUUAAGGCCUUGUUCCAUUCAGACAAACGAAGUCCUGCUGCACUGUCAAAGUUUUAUUCGCUUGACUUCAGUGUUUUAUUUAGAAUUAUGUUGCUUAUAGCACAAGGUUUUAACAUGUUUAUUUUCAAAACCACUAGUAAGUUCGCAGGUGUUGCAUUAGAUGUGAUCUUUAAUUUUCACUUUAACUCAGAUGUACUGGUUUAAGGGCAACCACAACAUUACAGUUUUGUUUAAAAUCUGAAAGGACGGAGAACUAUAACCUUUUAAUCCAACUGUGUGUAACAGAAAAGGAGCUUCGUAUUUUGUUUACCAAUUAAAUGUUUUUCAGAUCAAGACAGGUCUCCUUAGAUCUUCCAAAGAGCAUGUGUACUAAAUGUGACAGGGCAGAGUUUUCAAGAAGGGAUUUCUAUUCUCAAAAGAAAUUAAAAUAAUUAAACCUUAACCCCAAUUUUGUUUAUUUUGUUAGUUUGUAAUAUUGUUUUGUUUGUAAUGGUCACAUGCAAAUAAAGAUAAGGUGAUGUUUUGGGACUCAAA